ACUCCGGACUUCGACGUUCAACGUGACAAACCGAAGGUGUGGUAAAAGGUGCACCAUGGGCCGUCUGGAUGGGAAAGUGAUUGUGUUGUCAGCGGCAGCACAGGGGAUUGGACGAGCUGCAGCAAUAGAAUUUGCCAAAGAGGGAGCUCAAGUGACAGCAACAGACGUCAAUGGAGAGAAACUGAGAGAGCUGGAAGGAGUACGAGGGAUUAAGACCAAGGUGGUGGAUGUGACCAAGAAGGACCAAGUGGAAGCCCUGGCAAAGGACCAUGACCAUGUAGAUGUGCUGUUCAAUGUUGCUGGGUUUGUGCACCAUGGCUCCAUCCUGGAGUGUGAAGAAGCUGACUGGGACUUCACCAUGAAUGUAAACGUCCGCAGCAUGUAUCUCAUGAUCAAAGCUUUCCUGCCUAAGAUGUUGGCAAAGAAGUCAGGAAACAUCAUUAACAUGGCAUCUGUUGCAUCAAGUAUAAAAGGUGUUGUGAACCGUUGUGUCUACAGUACCUCCAAGGCUGCUGUCAUUGGCCUCACCAAAUCAAUAGCUGCUGAUUUCAUUGAGCAAGGAAUCCGCUGUAAUUGCGUCUGUCCUGGGACUGUUGAUACGCCAUCACUGAGGGGAAGGAUCCAGGCCCAACCUGACCCAGAACAGGCUUUUAAAGAUUUCAUGGCAAGACAGAAAACAGGCAGAAUGUGUACGGCAGAGGAGGUGGCUCACCUUUGUGUCUACCUGGCCUCAGAUGAAUCAGCCUACGUGACUGGAACAGAGCACGUCAUCGAUGGUGGAUGGCGACUUUGAGGAACAUGUACAGCAAGCCUUUCGUAACAGCGCCGUCCUCCAGCAAUCCCGUUGUCAUGUAAUAACACGGAAUCAUGACUUCUCAUUGCAUAUUUACCUGUCCAAAAAGAAACUGUUGGUGGCACAGUGAAACGAAUCCUGUAGAAUUAAUCUCAACUUUGAAUGUCAUCCUGUCAAGAAUCAUAACGAUAUUCAUAACAUGCCCGUGCUGUAAUCAUUAAUCAAUAACAGUUAUUCACAGCGAGUUGUGUGAAAUGAUGAUCUUUUAUUACCAACGAUUAAAAAGAAAAAUCG